ACUGGAGCGCAUUUCAUUGUCAAAUGUAACAGCGUACACCUAACAUUUAUACAGUGAGGACAUCUAACAUUUAUCAUAAUGGCUGCAAACACAGAUAAAUGGCUGACGGAUAUCCUUCAGGAAUACUCUACUCAAAAAUACUUCAUAGAGUACAAUGGGUUUAUGUCGAAUCACAUGGCGCAUGGCAUUGUCGCUUUGAAGGAUCUCGGAGCAUCCCAGAAGAAGAUUGCGGAGUUCGCUAUUUGGUGUGGUCAGGAUUUGGAGUCUCCUGACCACCCAGACCAUACAGAUGAAAAUCCCAACGUGCUUCCAGUUAGUGAGGAAUCACUUCAAGAACUUCGUGGAAAGAGAAUAUCUUUCUACGGAAUCAGAAACGCCUAUAUCGAUAAAUUGAAGGUGCAUGGGUCCCUCGAGGAUAUCAUUAAAGCCGAAUUUCCAAAACUGAUUCGAGGCUUGGGCUGUGUAGCCUUUCAUGGACUUAUUCAGCUAGGGUAUGGCUUUCACGUUAAACAUGGCACUGUGGUAUGUGAAGGGCUAGCAUAUCUACAUCACUCUUGUGCUGUACUUACAAUCGACGAUAGGAAGACUGAAAACAAUAUUGCAAACUUUGGUACAGGUGACAUGGCUAUAUUGGAUCUUCUACAAGAGAUGCGGGCUGACACAUCUCUUCGUCAGAACAUGUUGGAUGGGGCCUUGGUAAUCAAGAAAACUGGGAGAUUCUUAGGAAGUGGGUUUUCGAACAGAUUCUCUGCCCUGACAGAGAAUUGUGGAGACGUACUUCUUAAGUAUGCGAACAGAUUAAGAAUUCCACAAGCCACAAGCAGUUCAAAGGACGCAGAAUUUCUCCUCCGUCUCUCAGACUGGCUGAUUGACCAGGCUAUUGUAGUGUAUGCAAUAUCCGAAAGACCAAACGACUUUUUUCUCUUGCAUGGUGUGACGUCUUCGUGGUCGCUUCGACAGAUUAUCCCGUGUCUGAAUCCUGUAGACGCCAUGGACGCUCUGAGGACGUUUACAUGCUGUCUCCUAGCAACAUACCUGACCGUUGAUGCUCCUGCCCUGAUUCCAACCACUGUGGCGGCUACCGUCAAUGAAAACACAUGGCGCGAAAUAAUUGACACGCUACUUGCACGAGAUCUUGAUUCACAUGAGGAGCAUUUGCUUAAACUGGUUCAAGUCUGCUACUUACAGUGGAAAGUCUACAAAUGUUCUUCAAAUGCGGGACUUUAUGUAGAGGCUGCGAAAGCAUGCAUGAAUCACAAACUGGCAUUCUGCCGAUACCGAGAAGAUGUAAUGUUAGACUAAAUAUUUCUAUGUGAAAACCCCAAUCCAGUUCAAAAAGAAAAGUUAAGUAACACUUUAAAAAGUUUGUACAUUUCACUUCUAUUUUACAGAUUGCUGCACAUCUAUACAGCUCACUGUGUUAAAGGCAUGACUCACUAUCACAUAUAUAAUAAAACGUACAUACAUCAGACAUGAUAUUGUAAUCAAGGUGUUCGUAUACUAUGUGAUUAAUUGCGAUUUAUCUACAAGUAUUAAUCCUGAAGGUUUGUUUUAGCGAUACUAAUGACACAUACUGAAGUAAUAAAAUAUUGUCAGCUUGAUCGUGUUUAAUUCACUUUGG